AUGGCCAUGGGAGGAGCAUCCCCUAUUCAGAAGUCACGCACGUCGCGAGCCUGCGAUAGAUGCCGUCGGCAAAAGCUCAAGUGUGACAGCUCUAGGCCGUGUGUGCUGUGCACGCGAGCUGGGCAUGAAUGUGAAACAUCCCAGCGAGCAGUACGAGCUCGCCGGCGAACUGGGAGCAAAGACUUGCACAGGCCUUCUAGGGUACACAAGUCUAUCGCACCAGCAAAAUCCAAAGGCUCUCCUGCCACUUCUUUGACCUCGCUAGUAGCCGAGUCAUAUAUGCCGGAGGACUCGAAUUCUUACCCCGAGAAUUCUCCAAAAGCACCACAGUCUGGCGCCAAUGCUUCUGCGAUUGAUUUCGCCAGACGUGUCUUUAAUGAAGAGGAGGCCGGUCGAACCCUUACGGGUGCAUCAAUACCUGGCGAUACCGGGUGUCCUGAAUUGGACAAUUCACUCUGGCAUCUAACAGAGGUGGAGCUCCCCCCUCAAGACGUUAUGCUAGCUUUGAUCGACGCCUAUUUCGAUCGGAUGCAAUGGUUUGUCAUGCUAUUUCACGAACCGUCCUUUCAACGAACGGUACGCAGAAUCAUUUCUAAAACAUCAUGGCGGCGUCAAGAUCUCAGUCCUACCAUGUCUGUGCUAGCUGUCGCCAUGAUUGGAUUGCAGUGUGUGCUACCAGAUCAAAGCUGGAGCGGACAUGAACUACUCCGACAUUACUCAAUCGACGGCACAAAGUUGAUGCACAGCUUCGUGAAAGAGAUACGGCUUCAUUUACUUGAUAUUUCUAUCGACUGUCGGAUUGAAGCUGUUCAGGUCUGCUACUUGGUAUCGUCCUAUUUCGUCUAUCAUAAUUCUCCGAGCAUUGCUUGGACGGUCUCCGGCAUGGCAGUUCGGUCUGCUUACGCCCUCGAUCUUUAUACAAAGUCGUCCCGAUGCGAUGAUCCUGUGAUGGAUGAGAUUCGCUCACGGUGUUGGAACCACGCGAUCGUCGGUGAUACGUUCACAUCUGUCAUUUAUGGUCGGCCUUCUUGUAUCGAUACGGGACUAAAUGCUUUACAUACCCUGAAAGACAUGGAUGACCUGAUGAUCGACCCAAUCUUGCUAAGCAAUGACUUAAUACCGGAUGAUAUGAGGCAGAAAACGACAGCGGGCUUUUUUGAAGCGAAAUAUGAGAUCUACAACAUCAUUCGACAUAUACUUUCCCGCUUCCGGCGUCUUCAACUGAGGAAGGAAAGGAUGGAAGAGGAUCUAUUAGCAAUCGCAGAAGCUUCGCAAGACUCAGAGGAACAAUUAUUCCGCUGGCGGAAAUCAGUUCCCCGCUUAUUCGACUUCGAGGUCUGGAGCCACGAGCAUAGGCUCGAGCGAUUUCACCAACAGAUAGAGAAUUUACCUCCGCGCGCCAAAGUUCAAGCAGAGAUCAUCAUUCUCCAGGCAGCUUGCCUUCAGCUCACAUAUGAUGGAGCUUUGAUCCAAGCCUGCCGGCCUCUCUUGGAGCAGAAGGUUUCUAGUGCGUGUUCGGAAUACGUCGUCAACGCUAUAUGUCGAUCUUUGAGAACGGCCACCACAGCUGCACUUCGAAUAUCACGUAUUCCAGUUCUCCACUUCAAGCACCACUUUGCUGAAUCUUUUGCUUCAUUACAGCAAUUUACUGCCGGGGUCAUUCUGUGCAUCUCACCAACCAGCCAACCGUUCUCUGCGAUAGCGCAUGAGGCGAAAGCGGGAGUAAUGCGCAUCAUUCAUGCUAGCAAGGCGUUUGGUCCACACAAUCGCAUAGCAAAGCAGACUGCACAGCUCCUUACAGACCUUCUCAAGGUAACCAUCGAGCGGGAGGUGUCUUGUGCUUUAAGAGGGGGGCCCGAUUCGUCAAGAGAUCUGCCUGAAAGCAAUGUGAAUUCGACUACUCAACAAAUGCCGCUCAAUUCCACCGAGCCUCAGGUAUCCUCUUGCCAUAAUACAUCUUCUUAUCCUUUCCCAUCAUCAUCAAACAGGGAAUCACGACAUACACAUCAAAUCCCAGGAAUCUCCGAGCAAAUGCAUCGGCCUAGUGUGGCGUCCCAACCAUCUUUCGAAACCACAGAAUGUCCCUCUUCAAAUAUCUUCGAGCAACUCGAUGGUACAUUUGGCGCCUUUGGAGAGCUAAUGUUUAACCUCAUACCGGAUGACCAGAGUAGUGCUUGGAACUGGGGACGAACGUUUCCCUGA